AUGUUUUUUGUCAGUAAAGGGAUUGGGAUCUAUCUAUCUAUCUAUCUACGUUUGUUCAUCUAUCUAUUUAUUAUAUCUAUCUACGUUUUGUUCAAUUUAUCUCAUUUGUUCAUUAUCUAUCUGUCUAUUUAUCUAUCUAUCUAUCUAAGUUUGUUCACAUCUCAGUUUGUUCAUAUCUAUCUCAAUUUGUUGAUAUCUAUCUCAGUGCCCUCUUCAUAUCUAUCUAUAAAUCUAUCUCAGUUUAUUCAUGUCUGUCUAUCUAUCUAUUUAUCUGCCUAUCUAUCCCAGUUUGUUCAUUAUCUAUCUAUCUAUUUAUCUAUCUCCGUUUGUUCACAUCUAUCUCAGUUUCUUCAUAUCUAUCUAUCUAUCUAUCUGUCUAUCUGUCUGUAUGUCUGUAUGUCUGUCUGUCUAUCGUUGUCCAUAUCCAUCUAUCUCAGAUUUUACAUACCUAUCUAUUUAUUAAUAAAUUCAUAUUCACUUUUCACUUAUCUUUUCUCUGUUUCGGAAAUAACUUGCUCAACCGUUUUUGCUUUUUGGCGGAACAUGAUCUUUUGUAUUGAUCUCUCUCUCUCUUUCUCUCUCUCUCUUUUCUCUCUCUCUCUCUCUCUCUUUCUCUCUCUCUCUCUUUCUGGGGGCGCACCCACCUUCUGA